ACAGUACUCGUCAAGACAACAAUAGCUGUGUUUCUUGUUUCGGGUUUCGUGUCUGCUUGUUUGCAGGUCGUGCAAGGUCGCUGUAAAUUUUUCGUCUGAGCUAAAAAAAUCAAUAGCAAUGUCUGGUACUGAUGAUCAAUCGUGCAAUUUUUUUAAAGCAGGUAAUGUUGGAAAUGCUCAAAAUCAACAUGAGCACGGUCACUCACAUGAUCACAGUCACGAACAUGGCCACACCCAUGAAGUCAUGACAAGUCCCGGGCUCUGGACAAGCAGAGAUAAACCCAUUCAUAGAGCUGAUUUUGCUGAGCGUGCAUUUACAGUUGGCAUAGGAGGGCCUGUAGGCUCUGGAAAAACAGCCUUGGUGCUUGCACUUUGCAAAUAUCUACGAGACAGCUGUAAUAUUUGUGUGGUCACUAAUGAUAUUUUUACAAAAGAAGACUGGGAGUUUCUCGUUAAAAAUAAAGCUCUUGAUGAGGAGAGAAUGAGAGCGGUGGAGACUGGAGGCUGUCCGCAUGCUGCUAUAAGAGAGGAUUUCUCUCUAAAUAUGGAAGAGGUGAAGCAAUUGACAAAACAGUUCCACCCUGAAUUUGUUAUCAUAGAGUCAGGAGGUGAUAAUCUAGCUGCUAACUACAGCCGUGAGCUUGCUGACUACAUAAUAUAUGUCAUAGAUGUUGCAGGGGGUGACAAAGUGCCCCGUAAAGGAGGGCCAGGUAUAACACAGAGCGAUCUACUAGUAAUUAAUAAAACAGACUUGGCGGAUGCUGUUGGAGCGGAUCUUAAGGUUAUGGAAAGGGAAUCUGCCAUAAUGCGACAGGGGGGUCCUACCAUCUUUUCACAAGCAAAACACAUGAAGGGAGUCCCAGAGAUAGCAGAGCUAGUCUUGCGCGCCCAGAAGGCAGCAGUUCAGUGAGUAACUAGCAAAACUAGGAUGCAUAAAACUCUAAGGACAGAUUGUAACGUGAAAAGAAAGUGAUUUACCAGGGAGUGAUGGAAUUUGAUUGAAAGUUAAUGCAUGCGAAACGAAAAAUAAAAUUCUAUUUUUUAUGACAA